UCCAAAUCCACUGGAGCAACAACUGAACAGGGAAACAAGACAGAACAUUCUGGAGCUACAACUCUAACCAGACUAAAAAGCUUAAUGAUCACAGCUGGAGGGAAAAAGAAUAUUCAGCCAUUUAAGGACCAUAAAACGAUUCUUUUUAUCACAGCAAGACUAUCGUAAACUGUGACUGAAGCCAUAUGGAUUGAAGUUUUUUUCCUUUGGCUCAUUUUCAGUGUGGAAGUGGGUUGCCGGACAGCUUCAGAAAUAAAGGUGUCAUUGUCACUGACAAGGCAAUAUAGACACAGAAAUAGUGAAGUUGUUACUGUAGCAGUAAUUUCAGUGCUGAGUUGUUGACAGACAUGUUAGUAAUGUCAGACAGAGUGCUUCCUGUCCUUCUCCUAUCUCUGUCUCUGACUGUGGGUUCCGUCCAGAGCCAGGGUUCUUCCCAGGAUGCCUUCAUAAUCCAGUACCUGGAGAGGAGACUGGCUCAGAUUGAGGAGCGUCUGAAUCAGUGUGAGCAAAACACAGUGAGCAUCACCCAGAAGACCUAUGACCUCUCUUCAGAAAUAAGGGGUUAUCUGUCCACUCUUAGUGUUGUGAGAUCAGAGGUGAAGAGCCAGGUGGACACUGUGUCUGUGCGAGUAGACCGAGUGGAGAGAGAGUUGGAAUAUCUUGAAAACAAGAUUCCAACUCAGUCUGAAAUUGAGAUGGAGGAGGCGCUGCUGGAACAACAGAUAAAGGCUGCAGAACUGGAUCAGCUGAAGAAGAAAGCCAAGAUCAAAGUAGAGAAAGACUGCAGCACAGCCCUGAGUCAAAUCAAGUCUCUAAAGAUUGUGAAGAAGGCAGGAGACACCUAUGGUUCCUGGUUCAAGGACCCCUCUGCAGGAUCGGCCAAGGUCUACCUGCUCAGUGGAAUUCGUAACGACACUGUGCUGGAGUAUGAUUCUCUGCAAAGCUUCACAGAGAGGACCGCCACUCCACCAGCUAAAGUUGUGCAGCUGCCUUUCCACUGGCAGGGGACAGGUCAUGUGGUCUUCAAUGGAUUCCUUUACUGCCACAAGGCAGACACACCCAACCAGAUACUGAAGGUAGACCUGUUGAAUGGUACAGUGGUGGACAGUACACUGCUUCCAGGAGCAGGGCGUCUACCAGUCUACAGCUUGAACCCUAACACCUACCUGGACCUGGCUGUGGAUGAACUUGGUCUCUGGGUCAUCCAUGCUGACGCUGAGUAUGGAGGAAACUUGGUCAUUACCAAACUGGAUAAAGGAACUUUGGCAGUAGAUUAUACCUGGGAUACACAAUGCAGAAGCCGUGACGCUGAAGGAGCCUUCCUAAUAUGUGGAACCCUCUACGUGGUCUACAACACACGAUAUGGAGGACGCUCCACCAUACAGUGUCUCUACGACAUCCAUGACACCAUCCACAGUGAUGAGAGUCCUGUGAUGUUCUUCCCAAAGCGCUACACAAGCCACAGCAGCAUCCACUACCACCCCGAAGACAAGCAGCUGUAUGCCUGGGACGAUGGCUACCAGACAAUAUACACUGUGGAGACACGCAGAAAUGACCAAGUCACUACCGAAUGAAGAUGAUCUACUGCAUUCAUCCUUUAAAAAGUUGUGGUAUCGCUUCAAAAUGAAUUCCAAAUUAUGCAAUCAACAUUAAAAGCAUUAAUUAAGGAAAUUUUCAAUUAUUGAUGAGUAGUUUAUAAUCUACUGUUGUUCAGUAUAGUGAUCCUUUGCUGGCAAUGGAUGCUGCCUUCAUCGCUGUUAAUCAUUAUAGACAUAACGAUCAUGUCCAAACAAAGGCAUUUUAUGCAUUAUGUAGGCUUUAUUUGUUGUAUCACCACAAUAAAGUGUCAUUUAAACA